AUGAACGCCGCGUCGAACAACCCGCUUUACCAAAAGGCCAACCCGCACAUGCUGCCCGUGCAGGCGCACGUCCCGAGGGGCGGCGUCGCAUCGAACCAGAGGCGGCUCUUUGUGAUUCUGGAGCAGGCGUGCUUGGAGGCGUAUAGGGUUAGCAGUGCGGGGAAGGGGAAGAACGGGAGGGAGGGCGAUGUGAAGUAUGCCUUGUUGAAUUGCGACGAUCAUCAGGGCAUUCUUGCAAAGACUGGGAGAGACAUUGCCGAUGCGAGGCCGGAUAUCACUCAUCAGUGUCUGCUGACGCUGCUGGACUCGCCCCUCAACAAGGCGGGGCUGCUCCAAGUGUACAUCCACACCGCAAAAGGUGUCCUCAUCGAGGUCAAUCCUCACGUGAGGAUCCCACGGACGUUCAAGCGAUUCAGUGGGCUGAUGGUCCAACUGCUCCAUAAACUAUCUAUCCGGGGGGUCAACGGUCCGGAGAAGCUGUUGAAGGUCAUCAAGAACCCAGUGACAGAUCACUUGCCAGCGAAUACGGUCAAACUGACUCUCUCCGGUGAUGCGCCAACAGUGCGGCUGUCAAGGUACCUGCCCACGCUCCCGGAGACGCACUCGAUCGCAGUCUUUGUCGGUGCGAUGGCUCGGGGCAGGGAUGACUUUGCUGACGGCAUUGUCGACGAGAAAAUUAGUAUCAGUGACUUCCCACUCAGCGCGUCAGUAGCGUGCGGCAAGUUCUGCUGUGCGCUGGAAGAAAUGUGGGAUAUUGUUUAG